UUUCUGCCGUAGCGAGACGCGAGAGAGAAGCUACCGUCAUGAGUAAGGUUUCCAGAGACACGUUGUACGAGGCUGUGAAGGAGGUCCUGCAGGGAUCCGUGACCAAGAAGAGGAAGUUUGUGGAGUCAGUGGAGCUGCAGAUCAGCUUGAAAAAUUAUGAUCCCCAGAAGGACAAGCGUUUCUCCGGCACAGUCAGGCUGAAGACUCUCCCUAGGCCGAAGUUCUCUGUCUGCGUUCUGGGAGACCAGCAGCAUUGUGACGAGGCCAAAGCCGCCUCCCUGCCACACAUGGAUGUUGAUGCCCUAAAAAAGCUCAACAAAAACAAGAAACUGGUGAAGAAGCUCGCCAAGAAGUACGAUGCUUUCCUGGCCUCAGAAUCCCUGAUCAAGCAGAUUCCUCGUAUUCUGGGACCUGGCCUGAAUAAGGCCGGCAAGUUCCCCUCGCUGCUCACCCACAAUGAAAACCUGAACACCAAAGUGGAUGAGGUGAAAUCCACCAUCAAAUUCCAAAUGAAGAAGGUACUCUGUCUGGCUGUAGCUGUCGGACACGUGAAGAUGACCGAGGAUGAGCUGGUGUACAACAUCCACCUGGCCGUCAACUUCCUGGUGUCGCUUCUCAAGAAGAACUGGCAGAACGUGCGGGCCCUUUACAUUAAGAGCACCAUGGGCAAACCUCAGCGCCUCUAUUGAUAGUUUUUCUAUAAAUAAAUGAGUUGCGAUUCACCAACAAG